AUGGCUGUGUGCUCUCAGAUAAUCAUGAAAAACUUGCGCAAUAUGGAGAACCAGGACGCGCGUCAGCCUGACGUCUUCCCUUGCCUUGAAAGAAUCAUCAAGGACAUUGUCAAAGCGCUGUACGAUAAACAAUUGUGUCGCUUUACAGAUGACCAGAGCAAGAAAACCUACAAGAAAGUGAGCCGGGCACUUCUCGCAAAGAUGCUGAAUGCCUUCUUCGGUGGAUUUUGCGAUUCAAAUGGUCUAAUUCAUGAAAACAGCAAAGAUACGACUCGAACCACCAAUUGCGUGAAAGCUGCCAUUUACGUCUCAGUUCCCUACAAAAACUGCGAUCUUGCUCGUAUAAUUCGCUUCAUGGAGAAAUUUCCAAAAGACAGCUUUCUCUCAGAAAACGCCAAACAUCUGCGAAAUGUCACUUUUGACUGGAAAAAGAUGCGCGGAAAUUUAUUUCGGAUGCAGUUGAACGAAUGCACCAGAAUGAACCAGCUGAAGCUCCUCAAGAUGCUGAAGAAACUGAAAAUCAAAAUCAGCUCGGAUGAAGAGUUCGAUUUCAAGAAGAACACUUCAAGAGUCGCCAAGAUUACGAUCCAGGAUCCUGACAUUUUUGAUGAAAUGAAUAGAUAUGAAGACUUGACCGAGGACCAAUGGAAAGCCAUCUGGAAAGGAAAAGUUGUCGACGGACCCAAGCACCCGCAUUUCACUUCAAAGACUUGCGCACUUUUUUGGCAAGAUUCAGCGGUCGUUCGCCAGUUCCCAAAACUGUCCAAAAUUGCGAUCAAGCUCGUUUCUGCAAGAGCAACAAGCUGCGAAGCCGAGCGCGAAUUCGCCAGAGGAAGCGAAUACACACGAAACAGCAAGCGAAACCGAAUCAAAGCAGACACGAUUUUGAAGCUUCGACAAUUCGCCAAGCAUGAAGAAAUGGAGAGGGCGAUUAAAAAAAUGACUGAAAACUAG